AGACGCGAGAACAAAACAGGGCAGCAUCAGCAGCUGCAGCAACAGCGAAGGAGGGACACACGGCUCGGCCUCUCUCUCUCUCUGUUUGUGUCUCCGUAGCGUUUCGUAAACGUCUCUUCCCUGCUCUUCAAUCUCUUCAUUCUCCACGUUCGGAGCCGUGUAUUGCCCGUGUAGGGCUAUUCACAAUGACUCACAUCAGCGUUGUGCCGUUGAGCCCUCCGGAGAUAACCGCAUGCUCAAAGCGACUGGCGGUGUUCGUGGCACUGCUGGGCGGCGGGGUCCUCAUGCUCUUCGUGGCCGUGUCCCUCCAUCUGCCGCUCGUGUGGGAUGUGGUGCGCACGGCCAGCCACCUCGACUCGGCCACCAAUCCGGGAGUUUGCGACGAACCCUGCAGCCUGGUGUUGGUGGAGAGCAUCCCAGAGGGUUUGACCUUCCCCGAAGGUUCGCCCGUGCACCCGUCCAUCUUCCAGAGGUGGAGCGACCUCCUGCACACUUCCUCGCAGACCGUGCAGGUCGCAUCCUUCUACUGGACACUGCGCGACUCCGAUUUGCAAAUCAACGAAAGCUCCGCAGCACAGGGCAAGGCGGUGAUGGAUGCGUUCCUGGCUCUGCCGGCGCGAGGAGUGUCGCUACAGCUGGCAACCGACGGCUCGUCCAACGCGCGCAAGCAGUCCCAGCCUGACCUCGCCGACCUCACCAGCAAGGGUGCCAACCUGAGCUACGUGGAUUUCUCCACGCUGACGGGCGGCGUGCUGCACACCAAGCUGUGGGUGGUGGACGACACGCACGCGUACGUGGGCAGCGCCAACAUGGACUGGAGGUCGCUCACACAGGUCAAGGAGCUGGGCGCCGUCGUGUACAACUGCAGCUGCCUGGCGCGCGACGUGCAGAAGAUCUUUCUGCAGUACCGCGCCCUGGCCGGUCAGAAAACCAUCCCCGCCGUGUGGCCUUCGCAGUUCAGCACAUCCUUCAACCGCCACACGCCACUGCACGUCCGCCUCAACGGCACGCCCGCCGAGGUCUACGUCUCGAGCUCCCCAAUGUCACUGUGUGCUACGGGCCGCACCGAUGACUUGGUGGCCAUUGUGAACCAGAUAAACCACGCCAGCAAGUUUGUGUACGUCGCCGUCAUGGACUACUUCCCCACGUCGCGCUAUGAGAAACACCGCAGGUUCUGGCCGAAGAUUGACGACGCGCUGCGCAAGGCGGCGUUUGAGCACAGCGUGCAGGUGCGCGUGAUGGCGAGCUGCUGGAAUCACACGGACCUCGCCAUGUUCUCCUUCCUGCAGUCGCUGAGCGCGUUCAGCGGCGCCCUGAAACACGGCAAGAUCGAGACGAAAUUUUUCAUCGUGCCUUCGACGGAGGCUCAGAAGAAGAUCCCAUACGCCCGUGUGAAUCACAACAAGUACAUGGUGACGGACAAGAUCGCCUACAUCGGAACCUCCAACUGGUCGGAGGACUACUUCAGCGACACGGCGGGCGUUGGGCUGCUCGUGAACCAAACGGCGAGCGUGGGACGCGGCGUCACCGUGCAGGAGCAGCUGCGGGACGUGUUCCUGCGCGACUGGAAUUCCCCGUACGCCAUCAGCCCAACUUCGCUCGCCGAUCUCCAGGCCAAGUGCGGAGUCUGGUGACCGACGCUUCUCCGCCCGCGCCACCGCACACCACUCCCCCCCCCCCCCCUUUAUUUCCUCUCCGCCAACUGGAGACUUGCCGAGCGUGGUCCAGCGUGGUCAAUGGCAGGCGAGGGUGUCGAUGAGUGGCUUUAUUGGUGCGACGCUAAACUCCGUGGUGGGGGGUGGGGAGGCCUUCAUCCAACAGUGGAGUUAUCAUGGCUGAUGAUAAUGGCCUGGUAUGGCGACAUUUUUAAGCCAGCUGUGUUGGAGGUGAAUGGUUAUGAGCGCACAAGUUAACUUCCUAUUUGUUACCCUGGAAAUAAGUUGGCAUGAAUACAGAAAAGUAACUGCGGUGUGGGUUAUUGAGUCUGUAUAUAACUUAGCGUCCAACCCUGUUUAAAUCGCUCUGGUAUCAUUAACAUGAAAGACUGUGCUACUUUGAUCUCGUAUCGCAUGCGAAACAUAAGUGAUGUAAUUAAAACGUCCUACACAUUUCACAUCCUAAAAAACCCAACUUUUUCUUGAUUUUUUUAACUAAGAGGUACUCGAUUUAUUUUAUGAAUGAUUCAAUGUGGAGUUGUGUAGUAUCCCUUACAACUCAAUUGCACAAAUCCAUAUACUGUAUGUAAAAUCUCAAUCGAUGUCGUCGUUAAUUGUUAAGGGAAUUGUCAUUUUGAGUAUUUGCACUCGUGAAGCUUUAACAUUGAAGGGAAAUUAAGUAAAGAUGUCUGCGCACACACACACUUGGGUUUACAUUUCAGUUGUCAAAUUGUUUCUUUGUGUAUGGCUUUUAUACAGGGUGAUCCAUUUACUGGUAGGAACGAAGUGAACCAGCCUACAAUAGAUUAUAUCGUCUGUCCGUCCGAUGUCCGAUUAGGUGUAGCAACAUCGCCCCCUACUGCAAACACUUGGCAGGACCCUACAAAAACCUUUAGACUCAGUGACGCUUUCCUGGCUAAACAAGUGUAACAUUCCCUUGUAAUUCCCUGAGAUAGUUUUUUAAUUCCCUGAGAUAGUUUUUAAUUAAAACAUUUAAAUAAAAAAAUAACUCAUUCCCUGACAUAGUUUUUAAUUAAAACAUUUAAAUAAAAAAUUAACUCACAGCGGCCUAAACCCUACAGCUAGGCCUAAAGCCUAGAACUAGGCCUCAAACUCUCCCUUCGUAUCGUACCCCCGCGUGUGUGAAAGGGAGUUAAUGUUUAACAAUGUUACAUUCCCUGAUGUUUUUAAAUAGAAACAUUUACAUUUAAAGCUUUUACAUUAAUAAUUAAAACAUUUAAAUUACUAAUUAACUCACAGCGGCCUAAAGCCUACAGCUAGGCCUAAAGCCUAGAACUAGGCCUCAAAAUCUACCUUCGUUUCGUCCGAUUAGGUGUAGCAACAUCGCCCCCUACUGCAAACACUUGGCAGGACCCUACAAAAACCUUUACACUCAGUGAGGCUUUCCUGGCUAAACAAGUGUAAUAAUACAUUAUGUUUAUAUUCUUUGGUUAUUCGUUCCUACCAGCCCACCCCACAGGGACCUGUUAUAGUUGGCCCACUGAUGUCUAAUACUCAUUCAUUUUUCAGAAGGUGAUUGGAUGUUGUGAAAGCAAUGAAGAUGUUCUGGUGUAGAAGGGAAAUAAUAAAGUAAUAUAAAUAUAAAACAAUAAAAAUUAUCACGACGUUUCGACUGCAACACAAGCAAUCAUCAGGUGUGAAAUCCACAGCAAGAAAAUUUGAAAAAAAGUGGCGGUUUGUCCUAACGUUAUCACCACAGACAGCGAUUUGGCAGUUGGCCAGAUGGACGAGUUCAUCUAUGUUCGGACAAGAGGAGGGGGGAGCAGAAAGUGGAAUGUGGUCCGAAUAUAGAUGGACUCGUCCAUCUGGCCAACUGCCAAAUCGCUGUCUGUGGUGCUGACGUUAGGACAAACCGCCACUUUUUUUCAAAUUUUCUUGCUGUGGAUUUCACACCUGAUGAUGAUUGCUUGUGUUGCAGUCAAAACAUCGUGAGAAUUUGUUGUUGUUUUAUAUUUGUAUUUAUUAUUUCCCUUCUACGUGACUUUACCGAAAGAACCAAGAAUAUGAAUCCCUGCAGUCACGAAAGCUUUAAAUCAAAAAAUGUUCUGGUGUAUUGAGAUUGGUUUGAGAGACUGAGGAUUACAAUAGAUUGUUGCGAUGUGAAGUCUUCUCCAUCUCCCUCAUUACUUUUGGUGUAUCUACAUAUGGAUCACCAUAUUUCGAUUUCAAUACACUGGGUUCUACUUCUUGAUGGAAAUACAGCAGACAUUGGCUUUGUUGACAUUUACUGUAGAUGCAAAACACAAGUGUUGGAUCGGAUGUUGUGGACCGAGUUUCAUAUCAGAGCGUAAUAGCAUGCACACCACACCUCAAUGGCACAAUCAGAACAGAAAGUAAUUGCAUGAUGGUGUCACAGUUGUGGUCAUGUCUAACGGUUAUGACAAGGUGGGCAUGUGGGCAGAGGCAUAAACCCAAAUGAACAUUGCCCUCUGCAUGGUUCUACACAUUUUACAUUGUGGUGUUUUUGUAAUAUAACUCAAAACAAAAAAGCGCACAUUACCGUGGUAUUUUAAAGUGAAAGGCUGCUGUAGAUUUGUGCGUGCAAUUUCGUUGCGAACUGGUCAAUUGCAAUUCGUGUUGGUCAUUUACGAAGGUGUGUUCAUUGCUUAGAUGACUGCUUUUUUGGCUAUCUAAUCGCACGGUACUAAGGGACAAAAUAAGCAUGCUGUUCUUGGUCUAAACUGCUGGUUUAGCUUGAUCCUCAUUGCUUAGGAUAUUCAUAACCAUUAGCAGUUGCGGAGAGAGACUUGUGUUUGAAACGAGCAAAGCCGUCAUUGAAUGACGAGAAUAACGCAGCCUUGACUCGUAACGCAGCAGUCACGAAGUACGGGUGUUUAUGAAGCAUGAGAUCGUCGACUAAUCUAUUAAGCUCACGACACAAGCAUCCAAUUGUGUGCGUGCAAAAAAAACAUUUUCUUUUGUGCGUGGUAGUUCAUGUGACCUGCACAACCACUCGAUGCCACUAAAUUGCACCGCGCUUUGAACCAGGUAAGGCCCACUGAGUUAUACAGCUUUUUUUUUACAAGCGACCUGGCCAUGAAUGAGAGCUCGACAAGAAAGUGGCUUGCGUGGAAAUGUAUCGCAGCUAAAAAUACAAACCGCAUGUUUCUAAAUGUGUGGAGAAAAAACCCGAGGGCCUGGAGAUAAAUCCACAUGACUUUGGGGGAGAACAUGCAAAUUCCAAAUCUACAACAGGCGUCAGGGUUGAGAAAAGGAAAUGAUUAAUACAAUUUUGACUUGAUCGAAUCACAAGCAGGACAAAUCGCUAACAGGCGAGCCGGAUCAAGAUUUCCAAUCAUCAGCUUUCAAAUGCAUAGUGCUGAAUAGUUGCCACGAAAAAAACAAUUUUAAACUGUACAAGACAGUACCAAUGCUUGCAGGAGGAAUUUUGUUUUUACUCGCAUUUUCGAAGUUUUAUGUCAGACUUCAAGUCAUGAAAGUUGUACGUUCAUGCAUGUUGUAAAUAAUGUUUCGAUAUGAAAUAAACCGUUCAAGUUGC